UAUUUUCGGGAGGAGAACAUAAACACUAUAUAAAGUCAUUUUGAUACAAUCAUGAGCACAUUCAACAAUAAUUGAUCUAUUUCGCUAGUUCCUAAAUAUUUGGCUAAGCUAGAAGUGUCAUAAUGAAAACUACUAGUGCUUUAUUAUUUCUCAUUUUAAGCAUUGUUUCGUCGUAUGCCGAAGAAUCAUCCUCUACAAGCCCACAGGAAGAUGGCAGUUAUCCUAUGAACUUAGAUUUACAGAAAGAAUUCAAAAUCGAAGACGCGAAAAGUUCUUUUGGCAGCAGCAAAGUGGAGACAAGUAAUGAAUUCCAAGAAAAGCCUAUAGUUGUCGAUUCUUCGUUUCCAAUGCCUUCUAACUUCUAUGAAUACGAUGUGCCAGCUAUGUAUCCACCCGUACCGGCUGUACCGGCUUCAAUGAUCCCAUCCGAUGAACCAUUCGUCUACAGAUCUGGCAUUCCACUCCCAGUAUUCCAUUCGGCUAAGUCAUUCGAAUCAAAUAUUCCAGAUGAGGUGUUCCAUUCCAAUGUGGCGUUUGAACACCCUGUACCACUCUACCAUUCAAGUGAACCAAUAGCUUAUGAACCCGUGGCACCAGUUCAUUAUGGACAUUAUGAACCUGCCAUUAUUCAUCGGUAUGCGUCUACUUUCGAAACACCAGUUCCGUCGAAAUCAAUCUUGUCAAAAGUAUGGUCUUGGCACAAAUCUAUUAAACAUCCAAUAGUAUCUGCUGUAAAAAAAUUAGGAUCUUACUUUACAAAAAAACAUUUCAAAUAUGGAGCAGCAGUAUAAUUAAAUAGUUUUAUUAAAUUAUUAUAAUAAUUAAUUUAAAUAUUUAAAUUAAACUAAUUAACUAAAUGAAUAACAUAAUUAUAAUUUAUAACAUUUAAUUAAUUAUUUUUACUAUUAGUCAUAAAAUGUAUAUGAUGCACAAUAAACUAUAUGUAAUAUUAUAUCUACUA